AUGGAAUCUUUUAUUGAAGAGCAGGCUGUUGCCAAUGAAGAGGCAUCAGAUGUCAAACAUGAUGAGAAGACUGAGGAGGUGUUCCACAAGUUCGAAGAUGAGGUUACAAGACAGUACCAGAGGACAACCGAUGCUUUGAAACACAUAGUCAAAGAGGAUGAGCAAGGGGUCAAGCUCAAUUUGCCAUUGGACUCAGAAGUUUCUGAAACUGCACAACGGUAUUUGAAGCAACUAGACAGCAAUUUGCACAAUGUAGAAAAUUUGGCACUCAAUUACUGGUCGCAAGUUUCUGAUGCUGGAUUUUGGCCCUCCAUGACGAGCAAGCUGGGAAGUAAGCUCGAGCAAAUUGUCAAGAUUGAUGAACCAACCAGCAAGUCCGAACAAUCACUUCAAAGUGCUGCAGGUGGUAACAGGACAGAAGCCGAACUAAAGGCGUUAUCUACUGACAAAGCAAUAUACUUGAACCAUGAGUCGAAGUCCAACGAAGAUUUCGAUGCGGACGCCAAAACAGACGAAAUUGCCAGAAUUUUGGAGCAGGAUAAGAAUAUGGCCAACUUGAUGAAUAACAUUGUACCAGCGGAAAUCACUUACAAGGAGUUUUGGAGAAUAUACUUUGAACAACGGCAGAGAAUCCUUGACAUGGAGAACAAAAGGAAGAAAUUACUGGCGGGUCAGAAAACUGAGGAAGAAGAGGUUGGCUGGGAUGAUGAAGAAGCCGAUGCUGCUGAAGAAGAGCCUGUUAUCGUGAAAAAAGAAGACACCAUAGGUGAAAAGGUGUCUGAUGAGAUGGUGGUUACUACCAAAAUUGAGGAAGAAGCUAAAGGAAACAACGGUGAGCAGGAGGAAGAUGACGAGGAAGAUGACGAGGAAGAUGACGAUUGGGAAUAG